AUGAACACGAGCAUUAAUACUCUCAAAUGGGUCCAACGUAUGCAUGCGAAUUUUGCUGCGCUCAACCUUAACGCAGAAGAAGGUGGCAUGGGGGAUGAGCCGCCAGAUAUAGGGGAAGAAGGCAUGGUUGACAAGGUUAUAGAAAUCAUCCUGCAUACACUCUUCGAGAGUGGAGUCACAAGAAUUCAAGAUCUUGAGCGGUACAUCAAGGACAAUGUUGUCCGGCACGAGUUACGCCUGGUUGACCUCGAGAAAAAGCUUGUUGGAGCAUACCGCGAAACUGUUAAGACACAAGUAGAAAUUCUCAACGAUGAUGCGCUUUUUGCUGGUGAAGACGACGAAAGUUAUGGGAGCCUGGCAUUGCUGCCAAAUUGGGGUCAUCGAGUCUCACUAUCCCAAAGAAGCUACUCAGGGAAACUACGAGGAGCAGCAGGGGCUACUAUCGACAAAACCCAAAGAACCACCACCGCCAUAUCCACCACUGCCUCCCUUACUUCCUAUCACGAGCAAGAAUGUGGGCGACCAGAUUGGGUUAUUGCGUCCAUCGCUUUGGACUUGCCGACCGCUUCUCAAAUCACUGCAUUUUCAAAUUGGACUUUGCCUUGUGGCACUCAUACUCUCAUGUUGGGGCUUCCGGCGUUGUGCUUUUGUUACAUCUGA